AUGGCUAUGAAGGGAGUAGGGGUGAAACAGAACGCCUAUGGUCCCGAGGGUCUAGGCUUCACAGUGGUGACCAGGGACUCGUCUGUACACGGCCCUGGUCCUAUCCUGGUCAAGAACAUCCUGCCGCGCGGGGCCGCCGUCAAAGAUGGACGCCUGCAGUCAGGUGAUCGGAUCCUGGAGGUGAAUGGUGUGGACAUCAGCAGACAUAGCCAGGAAGAGUUGGUCUCCAUGUUGAGGAGCACCAGACAGGGAGACAGUGUUGUUCUGCUUGUGGCCAGACAGGAAGACGUGUUCCUGCCCCGAGAACUGGUAAGAGUCUUUAAUACUAGUCUAGAUACAGCUACUACUCAGAGAACUGGUUAGAGUCUUCUCUACUACUAGUCUAGAUACAGUUACUACUCAGAGAACUGGUUAGAGUCUUCUCUACUACUAGUCUAGAUACAGCUACUAC